GGAGCCGGGGCCGGGGCUGGGGGCAGCUGGGCCGGGGGAGCCGCGCCGGGAUGGCGCUGGACGUGCGGCGCCUGGAGGCGCUGAGCCUGCAGGAGCUCAGCGCGCUGCUGGACGACGAGGAGCAGCUACAGGACAUGGCCCGCGAGAUGGAAGAGGCCCAAAAUGUUCAACACAGCAAGGACAUGACUCUUGCCAGCAACCGCAGUCUGGCAGAAGGCAAUCUGUUGUACCAGCCAAAGUUGGAGUCUUUGAAAUCAAACUUGACUGAAAAAUAUCGGGAGCUGCAAGUUCUUUUUGAAGCAUACCAGAUAAAGAAAACAAAACUAGACAGACAAUCCAGUAAUGCUUCACUGGAGACACUGCUAGCGCUGCUUCAGACAGAGGGGGCUAAGAUUGAGGAAGACACAGAGAAUAUGGCAGAAAAAUUUCUCGAUGGUGAAAUACCACUGGAUUCCUUCAUUGAUGAGUACCAGAGCAAGCGUAAACUGGCUCACCUGCGACGUGUAAAAAUUGAGAAGCUCCAAGAAAUGGUGCUCAAGGGACAGAGACUUCCGCAGGUUCAGCCACAGGCUCAGCCCAGAGCACCCGAGACAACACCAGCACCUCAAGAUUCCUACACUUCGGAUGCAAACACUCCUUCAGUCGUGCCCCGACGAAUACCACCCCCUCCACCUUCUGCAGUCCCAGCAGGACGCUUUCCUACUCCGUUUACUGCAGCCAUGAGUUCAGGACCAGCUCUUUCUUAUCCAGGUGCUCCGUAUCCUCCUCUCCCACCUCGACCAGGAGUUCAGCCUGCAAGUCAAAUGCCACAGCCGGGAUAUCCAUCUCAGUUUGUACCACAGUAUCCUCCAGCUCUUCCCCAAAGACCACCUCGCCUUCCACCACAUCCUGGCUUUAUCCUCCAGUGAAUAUUUUGGUGCGCCUAACUUAUGUAUUGGUGCUUAUAUCUCCUUUUUCUCCCCAUCAGAGACUUCAUGUAAGCAAUGAAAAACCUCUGUUCUUUGCACAAUGGAGUACAAGAUUUGAGCUGUGGCACAGAGGUUUGCAAUUGCGUUUGGUAAAUGUGAUUAUUUUUGUUUUUAAAGAUCAGUUUGACAACGAGGUUUGUCUGGGAAGGUGAAAGGGUGUGAAGUUUGUGAAUCCAUCCAAUAGUGAAAGGGUGCGCGGUGGAUUUCCUGAUGUUACAAAUGGAAUCACGCUCUGAAUUCUUUAGAGAUGGGAAAUCAGCAUCCCCUUCUGAUGGAUUCCCAUCACAGCUGGAUGUAUGUGUUGCAAACUGGGAGCUGUUCGUCUCUCUAAAGAAUUAUUGAUCAGUGCUGGUGUCUGGAUAGUAACAACCACAUCUGAAUACUGGGCAGAGCUGCAGUGGACCGCAUCAGCUUCCUUUGCAGUGUGCCCAGGCAGUGGCAUUUGUGGCCAGGUACACGUUUUCAGAGCUCGCUGAGCUGAAACUCUUGUCAGAAACGUUGCAUGGUUUUUAGGCAGUACAAGAGUUUCAUUUCUACAUUUCAGUUGUUACCUGAGACUUUUCAUAACAGAAGUACCCACUCCUCCCACUCCUAAAUAGCUUGAUAUCCUGGUCUCUUGAAAUUAAACUAAACUGGUUGUAGAGCCAGUUUAGGGUUUUAUAGAAACUUUACCAGGCAUUUUUAUUCCCUUGCCUAUUGAAAUUCUCUUUUUUAUGUUGAUUUUUUUCCUUCUCCACACGUUGAAUUCAGAAGUGAUUUUUUUACACAGGUGCUUAGCUUUUGAUAUCAUGUGAUUCCAGGAAUCCAGGCAGGGUAUUUCUUAAUCAAAUACUGUGUUUUCAUAUCAGGUAAUUGCCCACUUGAAGCUCCAGAGUUUCAUUCUAUCCCUCAAUCUCUCAUUUGGCAGAACUAUUUUUAACUUACCCAUUUCCUCUAGUUUUGCAGUCAUUGGCAUGCCCAUCUAUCUGGAAUUUACGAUUAAUGUUUCUCUGCAAGCAGGCAGAACAGAGAAGCUUUUUGAACUCCAUGGUGGCUGUUUGCAUCUUACAUAACCUAUUAUUGACUUCUGCCACUGGAGGAAGAAGUUUUUCAGGGGAGCUCAGAUUUCACUCUCAAUGUGACUUGAAACCCAAGGUACAGACAUGCGCUGGUGUUUUAAUCGAGCAUUGCUGGGGGGGGGGGGCAGGUCUUAACACUUGUUGCUUGCACAGAAUGUAUCCCUAAGUCUGUUACCAGUCAGUCCAGAAUCUGUCAUAGCCCCUGUAUUACUUUAAACCACUUUCAUACCAUUCUGUUGGAACGCACUUCGUUUUUGGCAGUCUGUCCUACAAACAGCAUCAGUCAAAAUAGAAGAUCUCUUCUUUUUCCUUUACGUAAGGCCCUUGAUUGUCCUUUAAUCAUUUCCUCUGGAGUGUGGCGGUUGCUAGCAAAUACUAAUCUGAAAUGAAGCUCAUAACAGGAAACUCUCUAUUCUGAAAAUAUGGUUAUUUGGCGUGUUUUGCCUUCUGAGCACAAAGGGCAGAAGGUUGGUCAGCGUUCCUGGCAUCUGAACCAAUUCCCCAGUGCAAGCCUGGAAACCUUCCGUAGAUGGGGAAUUUUGUGAAGCAACGUGCAUUGGAUUUGUUUGCAAAGUGUGUUUUUUCUGUAUUCUAGUGAUGGUACAGGAUGUGUUUUUUUAAAACCUAGUGUAAUAGCUUUUCUUGGUAUUAUUUUCUCACUGAAGCUUCGUAUCAGCAUGGUUAAUUAUGACUCGUUUCAAAGUAAUUUUGCUGUGCUAUUAGUGCUGGUAUUUGGAUGGCAACUGUUGUAUCUGGAUGCUAAACAUAAGUCUGCUGUAGAAAUGAUUCGUGUCCUAGCAAGAAUUAAAGCAGCUGGGGGCUACCAGGAUGAUGACAGAGUGCAGAAACCCGUACUUUGAGCCUGCUACACAACAACUAAAACACUCUCACAUCAGUUUUGCUAACACUUAAUAAAACCAACCGGGUAUAUUUUAUACACUUAUCAAGUGCCAACUUUUUUCCCGAGGGCUGAACAUCCUCAGAGUGAUGGAGGUGAUAGAUAAGUGUAUUGUGAAUUUGCACUGCAUUUUCUGUACCUAACUUUAUUGGUAUUAGUAGUCCAGAAAUAUUUUUACUACUUGUUAAAUUUUCUCUCCUUUUGGUACCUUUUGUGAUAACGUGACCUUUCAGGGAUACUUUAUCUAGAAACAAACUCUUGUGCAAGCGAAAUACAGACAAAGCUAAUGCAAUUUUUCUGUCUGAAAGCAAAACAAUGCAUUAUUGCAUAUGCAUGUGGCUAAUGUGCCUUAGGAUCACUACCUGUGAUUGUAAUACUAGGAUAAUAGCAUUUUUAUCGUUUGAAUGGCCAUUGCUUAACUAAUUCAAGGGCUCUUCAGGAGCACUUUGUUUUACAGAAAACUCACCCUCAUACUUCAGAAGAAACAAAGGCUGUAUCUGCUAUUUGUAAGCUUAUAGUUGCCUUCACCGAUGGGUAAGUUUGAACAUAGAUAAUGUACCUAAUGUGAUGUUUCAGUUAUAGCAACCUCAUAACUGAAAUCCAGCUGCUCAUGGAAAACGUUUUGCCAUUAAUUGUGUGUGUGUGUGCGCACAAACUGUAAAGAAAUACUUGACUGCUGGUAAUGUUUAAGGAUAAAGGAGAAGGAUGACUGUGGAAAGCUGUUAAAAUCCUAUCUACAAAACACUAACCUGGAGGAGUCGGGCAAGACAAGUGUCAGUGCUUUCAACCUGUUGCCCUUAAACAGCUUCUCCUGUUCUGUUACAGCUUAUAAAUAAAUUCUGCUAUGGCUAGGAUGUUAGAAUCAUACUAAUUUGCACUGUUUAUAAGAUAGAUUAAAAUGCCAUAGGCAAGCUGAGACUUGAGAGGGGGUGGCUCAGUAUGCUUGCCAAAUAUAUAUAUAUAUAUUAUAAUGUUGUCUUGAGGAUUUUUAAUGUCUGCUGCAAAUAGCAUAUACUUCCCCAAAGCAAUUGGAGCAGAGAAGAACCUUCUAAAUACAAUGUGUAACACGGCUGUAGAGUGUUGGUAGUGUUGAAAAUGCUCUCUUUGGAUGGCAUUACUUUUGCCAGUCUUUUGUAUGCAGUUUUGUAAGUUAUGACUAAUUCAGUUGUAUGUGGUUAAGUUGUUUGAUUGAUGAUGAGCAUUGAAGGGUGCUAACUCAAGGAUGAGUUCUGCUGCGCUUCAGUGCUGUCGCCUAGAGGAAGCGGAGUCAGUUGUUGUGGCACAGCUGAUCCACACAGGUCACCUUUGUACCUGUGACCAUGGAGAGACUAUUUAGGAUAUAAGCUUUCAUGUGAUGCCAGGAGGCAGAGCCCUGGGCACAGUCCAGUCAUGGGUAACCAUUAUGUUUAGUGCCCCAACUCCCACAACCUCAGUCUCGACCUCUUUUGGGACUUCUCUGCCCUCUCAAACUGGAAUAAUGACUUACAGAGCUCAAAUCAACAAUUCUGUUAGCCUGAAUAUAGAGCUACUUCACAAACAUCGAGUUUGGAGGAGGUAGAGUCGUCCUGCACCUGAACAGUUCCUCUGUGUAAUCCUGGACAGUCUAUUCAUAAAGGGGCAAUUUUAUAUGCCUAGCAAGUUGUGAAACAUACAGUGGAUUUGUUUGCAUAAGAAGUCUUUCUGUAAUCUACUGUGGUCUGAUUUUAAAUAAAAUAGCAUAUCUCUCUUGG